AUGUUGUCAAAACGCGAUGCGUUGAUAAGCGCUUUCGUUUUAACGGUCUAUUAUGUGGGCGUGGCAUGCGACAGCCGACGUGAUGAUUUUGUGACAGUGGGCGUUAAGUCCAACGACCCGGUCGGUAGAAGCACGGAUCAGCGUUCUGGUGGCAUCACCGUUGAUGGCAUUGGUUACUAUUAUACGUUGCGUUACAAGCCUGAAUUCUUGUUCAAUAAAUUUGCGCAACAAGAGGAGCCACCGGCAACUACCGCUAUGCCAGAGCCAGAAGAAGUUGUGCCAACCCGGCCACCACCAACAGAGCCGGAGCCACCAAUACCUAUGGGCACCACAUCCACGGCCGAGACUCCUCCCGAGAUGCCGUCCGCUACAGAGAUGAUGCCCCCAAUGCCGAGCAGCACCGAACAGAUGCCGACGAAGCCAACUAAAAAGCCAACGACUAGACCACCAGCACCACCGACGCCCUUCACCACACGCACCUCCAUCAUGAGACCCCAAACGUUUACGGGCAAGCUGAGCCACAAACUCAAACAACUGCUCUUUGGCUCACCAAUCGAGGCGAAUCUGAUCAGCAAGCAACCGACGGUACCCAAAUCGAAGGGCAAAGGAUUUCUGAACAUCUUCGAAGUGAUCAAGUUCCCCAAUAGCAAGUGCCAUGUGGCUAUGGGAGAUAUACGCAGCAUGGAGGGCGUUUGCUAUCAUGAGUUCGAGUGCAAGAGCCUGGGCGGCAUACCCACGGAAAGAUGUGCCGAGGGCGUGGGCGUUUGUUGUAUCUUUCUAACCGGUUGCGGUGAUGUUACCAGCCAGCCCGUUGUGUACUUUGAGAGUCCCAAUUAUCCGCAUGCAGUGCGUGAAAUGAUGGUCUGUGUCCUGAUCGUGAAUGUGCGCAAAGGUGUGGAACAGUUGCGAUUAGAUUUCCAAAUGUUUGAGCUGAGUCGACCCACAAAUGGCGACUGUUUGGACGAUCAAUUCAUUGUAUCUGGACAAAAUGCUAAUUUCCAUGUUCCGGUGCUUUGUGGCAUUAAUACAGGACAGCAUAUCUAUGUGCACGUUGGGGAUACUACGGAGGGAAAAAUCUAUCUGUCCAUCUUUGUGAAAGUAUCCAGUGGUGGACGCUCGUUUAACAUCAAAAUAUCUCAGCUCGAAGAUGAAUUAGCGCCCACAAAUUGCUUGCAAUACUUUAGCGAUGGUGAGGGUAUUAUUAAGUCAUUCAACUAUGAUCUGGAUGGCACAAUUGUCGAUAAUAGAGAGGCUUCAUAUUUUAACAAUCUAAACUAUGCUAUAUGCCUGGCACGUUCGAAAAACGUUUGCAGUGUGGCCUACAGUACUGAACAGCUCGGUGAGGAUCAGCCAGACUUUCAAAUCAUUAACAAGGAUGAGGCUGAGAACGAUCUGGUGCCCGAUGGCCAGGCUGGUGCUGGCAUCUUCAAUUGCCCGGACGACUUCAUUGCCAUCAAUUCGGUGCGGCUGUGCGGCGAGCGCUUCAAUGAUGGCAUCGAGUAUGACGAUUUCACCAUGCAUGCAACGGUGAAAGAUAUAGCCGCAGGUCCUAUUAUAUUGCCCUUUCGCACCGAUGCAGAAUAUGUGGGUCGCGGCUUUCGUUUGCACUACAGACAGGAACUGUGUGUCUGA